GCCGAUUCCCCUCAACAACUAAAACGAUGUUUCUAUCAUCUUUACCAUUCCAAUAGUUUUCAAGACAUGUUUGUGGAUAUAUCCAGUUCUUACAACACAGCUCUCUAUGUCAUAGCUAUCGAGUGCUUUCUGUUCUUUGCCGUUAUCACACAAACCAAAGUUGAGGAAGCCGAAAAGUUGGACUUGGAAGCUCGAGGCUUUUCAGCAUUUUUUCUUUUUCAGAGUUUGGCACUUGUUUUCUGGGCCUUUUCUAACGAGUUGUUUCCUGGUACAUUCUCCUAUUAUAGCGCCAUUCUAUCAGCUGCUUUUGGUCUAUGUUGCAUUUUCAGCUUAAGUUUUACUGCAGCUUCCAUUGCAGUCUUCGAUCGUAGAAAACGCGCUCUUUACAGGUUUAUUAUGAUUCUCAACUUUGGAACGACUGCGGUUUGUAGUAUUUUAGCGCUCAAUUUUCGUCAAGUUACCUACGACCUUGCUUAUGUGCCUGAACCUGUUAAACAGUGUCUCAUUGGUGCAGCUAUGGGAAGCUUAUUGGCCACUACAAUUUGUUGUUUGAUUCGUUGUUUUGAAGCCAACAAAGGGCGUAAUGGUGCUCUCAUUUCUUUACUUGGUAGUUUGUUCUUUAUUGGAACUUGUAUGGGUUGGCUGUAUUUGAACAAUAUUUGUGUGGAAGAAACUUUAUCAAGUUUAUCACCUAGGUUGGUCUUAUUACUUAACAAGUAGCAUCUAAAAUACUACUUUUUGAAAUUAGUUGUCCACUUGGCAAGAAAUUCGACCACAAUUUCUUUUGGGCAAUGGUGUUGGUAGUUAUCAAUGUAUUAGGUGCAGAAGGUGCUCUUCGAAUUAUGGCAGCAAAUCAUGAAUACGAAGACUAUGUUGACA